AUGUAUAGCAGUGGUAACCCGACAAACAUAGCAAACCCCAUAAAAGAUGCUACCUUUCAGGUUGAUAUCAAGACUGUAAGUGGAAGGUUGAAUUUGUAUCAAACUACUCUAUGCGAAAGAUUACGGUGGGAUCUACUAGAUUCAAAUGUCAAUCCCGAUCCCUUUGGCUAUUUGGAUACGUAUAAUAAGAAUGAUAUCCAGCUGAUAUGUUGUCAAGCUGAUGCUAGUACAUUGUGGCUUGUUCCCCGUGUUGUUCGGACCAGAUUGAUUCAAUCCCUUGAAUGGAAUACGGACAUGGAAAUUUUUUUCACCUGGAUACUUUCAAGGGACAGGCCAAAAGGGAAAGAAGUUGUGAAAUAUGAAAAAACUGUUGAUCCUCAAUAUCUUCCAACGCAGUCUGAUGUUCAGAUGGUUCUUAAUGGCUCUAUAAACAGCUUUAGGAUCUAUAAUGUUUAUCCAAGAUAUUUCCGUCUCACUGGCUCAGGUGACGUUAGACCUUUGGAAGAGGAUAUUUCUGUUAGUGCUGAUCUCAUCAUCAAUCGUGAGCAAUUUGAGUGGUGGGCAUUCCAAGAUAUUAAUCGAUCAAAUUUAAGUGGACUUUGUGGUGGCUUGAAGGGACCUAUGGCAGUCAUAAUAUCUGAGGAGACUCCACCGCAGGGCAUUCUCGGCGACACACUCAGCAAGUUCAGCAUAUGGGGGCUUUACAUAACCUUUGUUCUUGCUGUUGGACGUUUUAUCAGACUCCAGUGCUCUGACUUAAGGAUGAGAAUUCCUUUUGAGAAUCUACCUUCCUGUGACAGAUUGAUUGCCAUAUGCGAGGAUAUAUAUGCUGCUAGAGCUGAGGGUGAGCUUGGAGUGGAAGAGGUCCUUUACUGGACUCUAGUGAAGAUUUACCGGUCCCCGCACAUGCUGCUUGAGUACACAAAACCUGAUUAA